UCGACCUGUUUAUAUGACCAUGCUAGAUUUUAUUUUUCUGUUUCGAGAACGUUCUAGUAAAAGAAGUGAGUUUUCGUGAGUACGUACAAGUGACCAAUAACGUUUAGUCAUCAAACCCUAGUGAAAUAUAUGAUUGGCUAAAACCCUCGCAUGUGAAAACGUCUAACAGAGUCAGUUGAAUUGGAAGGAACGAAAGUUGGUAGAUUGCGGAUAUCUUCCCCGGGAAUGGUUCUGUUUGGAUUGCCUUGAUCAAAUUCGAUUUUGUUAUCUCUUUCCUCCCACUGGGAUUGAAUGUAAAUCUGUAAAAAUUAUUAGUCAGUUGUUAAUGUUUACUAUUCAAGUUUCCAAAGACGUAUCGAACUGUUUAAUUUCAUUGCAUUUAUUCAUUUUUAACAUAUCCUGAGAUUAAGAAUCAUAACCAUAAAAUAUUCAUCGAAUCUAAAACCAUGGCCGCAAUGUCAGUAAUUGGAAUUGACUUUGGAAACGAAAGUUGUUAUGUAGCCGUUGCACGUGCAGGUGGCAUUGAAACUAUCGCCAAUGAUUAUAGUCUUCGUAAUACACCAUCAUGUGUAGCUUUCAGUGGAAAGAACAGGAUUCUGGGAGUGGCAGCUAAAAAUCAAACUGUUACAAAUAUGAAGAAUACCAUUUACAAUUUUAAACGCCUAUUAGGAAGAAAGUAUAAUGAUCCUUUCGCUCAAACAGAGAUGAAGAGUAUGCCUUUCAAAACUUCUCAACAAGCAAAUGGAAACAUCGGCAUACAUGUUCAGUACUUGGGGGAGGAACAUGUAUUUUCGCCAGAACAAAUUACAGCUAUGUUGUUCACAAAAUUGAAAGACAUCUCUGAGACUGCCUUGCAAACAGUUGUCAAUGACUGUGUUAUAUCCGUUCCUUCUUAUUACACACAAGCGGAAAGACAAGCUCUCUUGGAUGCCGCUAGAAUUUCAGGCCUAAAUGUUUUGCGACUGUUCAAUGAAACUACAGCUACAGCUCUGUGUUAUGGAAUUUACAAACAAGAUUUACCCGCCGUAGAGGCAGCUCCUAGAAAUGUUGUCUUUGUGGACUGUGGAUACGCUAGUCUUCAAGUAUGCAUAUGUGCUUUUCACAAAGGCAAACUAAAGAUGCUGGCUAGUGCAGCUGACAGUCAAUUAGGCGGUCGGGAUAUUGACACAAUUCUCGCAGAACACUUUUGCAAGGACUUUCUGGCUCGGUAUAAAAUUGAUGCGCAUAAUAAUCCCCGAGCAUAUCUGAGAUUACUUACGGAGGUGGAGAAAUUGAAGAAACAAAUGUCUGCUAACUCUACAAAACUUCCAUUAAAUAUCGAAUGUUUCAUGGAAGAGAAAGAUGUACAUGGUGAUAUGAAACGAGGAGACAUGGAGGCUAUGUGCUCACAUUUGUUCAAACGGGUUGAAUCUACUCUCAAACAAUGCCUUGCUGAUUCAAAAUUGAAGUUAGAAGAUAUUCAUUCAGUAGAAAUCGCUGGUGGUUCUAGCAGAAUCCCAUCUAUUAAACGUGUGAUUGAAGAAGUUUUUGGCAAAGGAACAUCAACGACGCUGAACCAAGACGAAUCAGUGGCUCGUGGAUGCGCACUCCAGUGCGCAAUGUUGAGUCCCGCUGUUCGAGUUAGAGACUUUUACGUUACUGACACUCAGCCAUACCCCAUAAAACUUAUGUGGGAUCCUACUCAAGGAGAAGAAGGUCAAAUGGAGGUAUUCGGAUACAAUCAUCCGGUUCCAUUUUCAAAGAUGCUUACAUUCUACCGAUCAGCACCGUUUUCUUUAACAGCUAACUAUAUCCACACGCCGAAGUGUUACCCUCAAGUUGAGCUUGGUGUAUUCCAUAUCAAGAACGUUAAGCCUACUUCCGAAGGCGAAUCUUCUAAAGUCAAAGUUAAAGUUAGGCUGAAUCUCAACGGAAUUCUAACAAUCGCUUCAGCGUGUCUAGUUGAGAAAAAGGAACAGGAGAAAGAAGAGGAAGAGCUGCAGAAUCAGAAUAGCGUUGAAAAUGAUAAUCAACCUCAAGAAAUGGACAAACCCGACCAGGAGGCUCAGGCUAAGGAACCCCCUGUUGCUGAGGUGAACAUGGAUAAAAGGCGACGGAAUUCAGAUGCUGACGAUAAUGGAAGGGGUGCUUCCUCCUAUUCGUCCAGGAUUCUCUCUUGGUUCAGCUCGGGUGAUGAAAAGGAGGAUGGAAAAAAUAAGAAAAAGAUUCCAGUUCGUACCAUUGAAUUGCCUAUUGAUGUUCACAAUAAUGGACUUACUCAGAAGGAAAUUGAUGCAGCUACUGAAAAAGAGGGAAAAAUGGUCGCUGAUGACAAACAAGAGAAGGAACGUAUUGAUGUUAGAAAUGCACUAGAGGAAUAUGUAUAUGAUUUGCGUUCAAAACUUUUGGAUGAGGGACAAUUGGCAACAUUCAUUGUUGAAUCAGACAGGGAAGAUCUUUGUCGACUAUUAGAUGAAACAGAGAACUGGUUGUAUGAAGAAGGAGAAGAAUGUCAACGACAAGUGUACUCAGAUAGAUUAUCGACGUUAAAAUUACGAGGUGAACCAAUAAAGGAUAGAAAAAUGGAGUUUGAAGGAAGAACUCAUGCACUCGAAGAAUUAGGCGGAGGUCUUCAACUAGCUAAAAAGGGUGUAGAUCAAAUUAAAUUGUCUGCCGAGAAAGACGACAAGUACUCUCAUAUAACGGAUGAGGAAAUCAAAAAAUUAGAGAAAGUUAUCCAUGAAAAGUGGAUGUGGCUGGAAGAAAAGCGUUCAAUUCUUUUGAGUACCCCACGAACCCAGCAACCUCCAAUUCUCGUAGCUCAAAUUCGAUCUGAGAAACAGUCAUUGGACAGCACUGUCUUCUCCAUUCUAAACAAACCUAAGCCAAAAGUUGAACAUCCAAAAGAAGAGAAAUCAAAAGAAAAGUCAACUGACAAGAACACUCAAAACGAUCAAGGAGACAAUGAGACGCAUAGCAGUCAGCGGCAACCUAAUGAAGAUAAUAUGGAUGUGGAGUAAAAUUUAAAAUCAAUUAAACCAAUAAUAUAAAUUUAAUUUAAAAAAUUAAUGUCAACUGUUUCUUAUGCGAACGAGCAUUUAUUUCUGAUCUACGAAGUACUGUACUGAUUAUAUCAUCACAAUUUAAAAAUUUUCUUUGCUGAAAUAAUUGUAACAUCUCUAAAUUAUUAAUUAAUCAGGCAUACGUAACUUUUUUUUCUUUAUCUUUUCAAUACUAGAAAAAUAGUAAAGUGAGUUGUUCCAGUUUUGUAUUCGUAUUUUUUUAAUUUUUAUCACAUUAAUAAAACCAUUGGCGUUAAUAAAAUGAUUGCUUAAAACUGUA